UAUACCACUUGAUAUUGAAAUAAUGUUAACGGAAGUUUAACUUAAGAAAUGCUUUAAAUGCUGAAUGUAUAUUAGUUCACUAUUAUUUGUGCGGUGAAUGGAUGUACAGUUAUUUGUUAACGGUAUACUGCAGCUUUUAAUAUUUUAACGUGACAGAUAAUUCAACGACUGAAAAAUGGAGGUAUCUGGCAAGAAACUUCGUAAUUAUUGCAAACCCUGUGAGCAACUUAAGACGUCAACAUUCUCGGAUGGUUUCUGUUCACAAUGUGCAGAAGAAAUGUGCCAAAGAUGUUUUGAUACUCACAAACAAUUCAAGCUUAACCGGGGACAUAUACUUGUCCAAUCAGUCGAGGCUAAAUCAAAAUGCAAAGAAACACCAACUUUCGAUAAUUGUACUAAACAUCUCAACGAAGAAAUUAAGUUUUUCUGUCCCGAACAUGACCAAGUAGGUUGUGGCGAUUGUAUGGUAAUUUCCCAUAAAACCUGUAAAGUGAAGUAUAUACUAGAACACAUCGAUGGAUAUAAAGACAGUAAAGAGUUCAAAAAGUUGAAGAAGGACAUAGAGAAGUAUGACGGUGAAGCAAAAGCUAUGUUAGGACGCAUCAGAAGCAACAAGGACCAUGUAAAAGAUGUCAACAAAAAAUUUGCUUUUGAGGUCAACUCAUUCAGGGAUGAACUGAUUGCACAUUUCACGAAACUUUCUGAUGCAAUGCUAAAAUAUGGAGAUGAUAUCAUGGCAGCAGACGUGGAAAAGAUCGAAAACUUGGAAAAACAAAACAAAGGCCUAGUUGAUGAAACAAAUGAUAUGAAAGAAACAUUGCAAUCAGAAGCGGAUCAGCCUUACAAAUUGUUCCUCAGUUCCUUGUCAUACAGACAAAAUCUCCAUCUCGUCCGAGACCAGCUAGAAAGAAUAAAAGCGAACAAUACGAUCGAAACGAACGACUUCAUGCCUGACUGUAAUCUCGAAAAGUUGAUGAAAACUUGUAAACAACUAGGAGUGUUACAUAAGCCAAACGAAUCUGGUGCAGGACUUAAAGAAAAAACAGUAAAAUCAAACAGAGCAACACCGAUGACAAAGGAUCAAUGUUCACAAACAAAUCAAGUGACAAAGGAUCAAUGUUCACAAACAAAUCAAUCAUUCCUGGAUAGACAACUUGUUUGCAAAAACCUCAUCAUUGACGGAGACUUAAUCAGUUGUGCUAAAACAGCAAAAGGCGACUUUGGUUUAUUAAUUGACAAACAAACACUUUCUACUGGUGACAGUUUUGAAAUCGAGAUUGUGAGCAUUGGUAGAAACGGAGCUAUCGGUGUGGUACCGGAUGACUAUCCAAAUAAUCGUCUACCUGGAUUAGGAUAUGAUUCCUAUGGAUACCAUUCAGACGGCAAGGUAUUUGAAGGAAGAAAAUCCGGUGAAAAAAUUGGAGAUGCAUGGAAAGUCGGCGAUCGAAUCAAGUGUACAGUUAAUUUGUAAGUAUUAACUAUUUUAGCGUUGUUCGUUUCUAAUGAUUUGCUUUAUAAGAGUUAAACAGAAGAUUUUUGUAUUUUUUAACAUAAAUAAUGCCGUCAAACGUUCAAAGUAGAAAUAACCAAUACGGCAUGAUAUGCUAUUUCUGAUAUGUCAGAGCAGUGUGACAUUAAAUAUUAUUCAAUCUUAACCUUAUUAUAUUGAAUGUACCAUUUCUUAAAUCAAUGACUUUAAACAUGCAACAACAUGUUUCAACUUUUGCAAAACCAGUUUUCAAAUUACUUAAGUAUUUUAAUCCAAUUCAAAUAAGUUCUUUAUUUUACCGUGUGUAUACCGUUCGUAUACGCUAGUCCCAUUAGUAGCUGAAUAGCAGAAAGCAUCAUUUGUUGUUGUUGUUUUUUUAUAAAGAGAUAAAAUUGCUUUUUUGCUAUACUAUAUUUAUAACAUACUUUUUGUUGACAUUUCGAUCCAAAAGACUUACCAUUUAAGUAUGUGUAUCGGCUGGAUUCAGAAGAAAAAAGAACGGCAAGACACCAGUGAAAAUACGAAUCAUAUGAUUCACUGCAAUAUCGUUUUUCAUUGUUAAAAUAAGGAAAACAAAAAAACGCUCAUUUUAUUUCAUCAAUAUUUUAGUUAUAAGUAUAAAAUAAUUACCCAAUCUUCAUUUCGUAAAUAUUGGACACAUAAAUGCUUUCAAAGCGCAAGCUUGCUGGGCUGGUAUUUAAAGUUUGAUGGUUUUUGCAGUUGUUGUCACGAAUGAAAGCGCUAUUCUUGCAUACAAAUAGAACUCUGGUUCUGAAAAUACGCAGUUAAGUCCUCUUUUUUCGUCUACAUAAAACCAACAUACUUUUCCCGUGCGAGUACCAUGUCAUUUGAUACUUUAAUUGAUUAUCAAUUACAAUUGUAGCCACAUAUGUAAGCAUGUUGCCCCGUGAAGCAUCUAUUAAAAACAUAAAACAACAGUGAGUGCUCGCGUGAUGGUAUGCGGUUAUGCAUUUAUUGUUCUCCGUUUAUCUAUACCUGCAUUAUCUCACGCUUACUAGCACUAAAAUUGUCCCAACUUUUUUUCAACCAAUUCUUUUACAAAGUAUCACAAUAUCAAGUAGUGUCUUUCAAAGAGAUUAAACAUUAAUAAACAGUAAAAAUGAUAUUUUUCAUCGGAUAUAAAAUGUGUGUGAUAUUAAAAACAUAACACAUCAGUGAGUGCUCGCGUGAUUGUAUGCGGUUAUGCAUUUAUUGUUUAAAGUUUCACACUAUCGAGUAGUGUCUCUCAAAAUGUGUAAAAUCGAAACAAUAUAUUAAGAUAAUCGGGGCAACAAUGAUAACGGAAAUUAAUUCAGUAGAAACGUGCUAUAAAUUACCUAUAAACGUUUGCUCUAAUAUGAUAUAUUAACCUACCGGAAUGUCUUAAAGCAUAGAAAACAUUUGUAAAAUAGUUUAUAACUAUUUAGUAUACAGGCACUGUUCUGCUGAAAACAUGGUUCACAAAGUUAAGCCGUCAAAUUGAGUAAAAAAGUAAAAAGAAGAAUGUUGUCGAUGCAUAUAGCUUGUGUCUUGUCUAACGUAUGUAGAUUAUAUUACAUGCUUGAUGUUUAUUGUACAUAAGGGGUUUAUUACCAUGGUGUUCAAUUACAUAUACAUGUUAUGAUGCGCUAAAUGAAUUACUUUUACUUUUUACCACAUUGACGGUACCAUAUUAAAUAUUAAAACGUUGUUUAUACAAUGCACUCCGUUAAUGCAAUAAUCAAUGUGUUUGACGUUAAAUCAUGAACGUAUUCGAUAUUAUUCUUUUCAUUCUUUAUUUUGUUUAUUUUCAUUAAUUGUGGGUAUGUAUAAUGUUUAAUGUCAAAAUUUAUU